AUGUCAUACCGGACCGAUGGCGCCGGGGAAAUAACGGUCAACCAAACGCGCCCCUACUCCCCCGUCUCAGACAUCGACGAGCUCUACGCACUGCUGCCGUCGCCUGAAGACCGCGAUGUUGUCCCCGACUUGGCCCUCGUGCUGGGCGAGGUGCUAAGGACCGCAGACGACUUCUUCCCAGGCACGUUGCUGCUACUCCCUGUCAACCAGGAACUCAUCGACGCCUCGAAACUCGACAGAACUAUUGCUGAGUCGCUACACACGCGCCGCAUGAAGCCUUUAAUGCUCUUCCCUGAGAACGCCCCCAAGUUGCUGCCGUGCGCUACGUUCCUGCAGUACUCAGGAGGACGCUUCGUCACCAAUAACGUCACCAACGGCGUCAACGUAAUGACGCCGGUCAUCGCUGUUGCUGAGGUUGAAAACUUCAUCAACAAGGGAUACAUAAAUGAUCACCCCGUUGGACGGGAAAACUCGGAAAUCGUGUUAGCAGGCAGCUCCGUCCAAGACACUGUCUACUACCAGACUGACGUGGCCAAGACACUCAUGGCCGUGGUGACUUCGAGCGCCGGCGUCUCCGACCUGACGGUUCAGUACAAGAAGUAUGGCACCUACAGAGACUGCGAGACAUGCGAAAAAAACGAGAACUUUAUUCUCUACAAGAUAACUGCGGUGUCGCAAGGCGCGUUCCCUGGUGAGGAGUGGAGUCUGAAAAUACUGAACAAAGGCAGUUCAGACAUCGCGGUGCAGGUUACCUGGAGUGAGCUUUACUUCGUUGGAAAGACCGAAGAGUUGGACGUAGAGGUGUGGACGUCGGAGGGGCGUGGGCCAGCUGCACGAAUUCUCAAAAACCAAGAACUCGUUCUGUACGCCUCGGUCCGUAACUACGGCCGUCAGGUGCUAGGGUCGCGGGUGACGGUGACGGCAGACCUGCUGCUCACUCCGCCUGGGGGUGGCGACCACAGAACCCUGUCCGGCGUAAAGCUCCUAGACGAUGGUCAAGGGGUCGACCUGCGUCGCGACGACAGCAUAUUCUCGUACGCCAUUACCGGCGACGAUGCCGACGCGGUCGUCGAGGAAGGAUCAUUGGUUUCCGUCUCUACUCUCUACGUGACCAGCGCUAAACCUGCUGGGGAAGUCAGGAAGCUUUCCCCAAAAUCCGUGGCCUCCAUCAGUAGUCAUAAAAAGGCUUCCCAGUCUAGUGGGUUGUACCCUAGAGACCCCAGCCAAGUGGAGUGUUGCGGCAGCUUCGUUGCGAGCCCCGACACGGAGCUGCAGAUGGACGUCAAAGGUUUCUACGUCAUCGCCCGUGACGUGGUGCCUCUGGGGGCAACUGGAUUUGGCAGUGUGGCUGGGAUGUCCGUUGUCCUCGAGAGGACCAUCAACAAAACCAUGGUGGAUGCAGUUAUCACGACAACCCCCGCCACGACNAUUAAGAAGCUCUACCACUACUACGACCACCACGACGACCACUACCACAACUACCCCUGCCACUACAGUCCCUACAACCACGACCGAUGGUGCAACAUCGGACAUGGCACGCAGCAGUAG